UAUGGCCGCGAAAUGGAAGGCGCAGCAGCGGAAGCAGCGAUGGCAGCACAGCGCGGUGCUGCUCCCCUCCUCUCUAAUCUCUCGCGCCGGCGCGGACGCGAGGAUCUCUUCUUUCUGCACGGCUCUGCGCGAGUGGAGCUCGCUGGGAAACACGUUUGAUCAGGUAUCCGGCGCCAAGCGCCUCGUAGCAGCGCUAGAGGCGGUCGCAGGGGUAGAAUCCGAGGCGCUGGCCGUGGCAUUGUCGGUGUUCGUGGAGAUUUUGUUCCAGGAGGGAUCCAGGCCCGUCCACCGCACGAUGCUCUCGGCUCUCACGCAAUUCCAGCAGUGUCGCGAGGUUCUAGAAGGGAUAUUCCAGCGGUGUUGUGCGGAUUAUGGACUGGGGGGCUCGAAUGAGAGAAGAUUUGCGCUGGUGGCGGUGGGGCUCUCUCUCGCGAGCUUGCCAAAGCCGGGGCUACUCAAGGACGUGGUUCGCAAGUGCUCUACGCUGAUAGCUUCCAGCGCAAGCUUCGACGUCCGGGACGUGUUGACGCGGUCGGAGAGUGGUGAGAAUGCCACUCCAUCGCUCAUGGAGGAUUGCCAGGACGCCAUGUCCACGGUCUACUACAUGCUCCAGAACUCGUCCCAGGACUUUGGAAGCCAGGCUUUUGGGGACGUGGUGGUGACUUCGCUGGAUGUUUUGCAAAGCUCGCUCAUGUCCCGGGACUGCGUGGUAGCAGCGGGGGUUUGCUUGUGUGCUACCGCCCAGAUGUCGAGCUCGCGGUCGAGACUGGCGUUGAUGCUCGCCGAGGCUCUCUUCCCAGAGGUGAAUUCACAGUGUUGUGCCGUGGAAGAGGAGUUUAGCAGGGAUAAUAGCGAACAAGGCAAGCUAGAGAGCGUGAUUCACAGAUUACGUCGCUCGACUAUGGCCGAGGAGGCCGAGAAGUUCACGGAUUUUGGUCGGCUGUGCGUACUUCGAGGACUUCUCACGGCUGCUCCUCGAGAGGUUUUGAAUUACUGCCUGCUCAAAAAGGUGACGGUAGAAGAAGAUGGUCGAAGAACCUCCAACUUGGUCGUGUGGACGCUUCUAUACGAUGGGAUCUUGCCGGCUCUCUGUGCCGCAACGGAGAGCUCCUUCGACAGCCACUUCAAGUUCCAUGUUAUGACUGCGCUCCAGAUAUGUCUACAACAGAUCAAGGCGUCGAUCUUGGGCAACGUUACAGCAGCCGCGAUUGACGAGCUCCGGAGCGUCAAAGGAGCAGCUUUUACUGCUCCAGCGACGCCAUUUUCUCCGACGAUGACGAGCAGAGUUAUGCAGAUCAUUUGGAACAACUGGGAAGACCCUCUCAAUCAGACCGUCCGGCAGGUCCAGAUGGUUUUCGACUUACUUGCGGACUUGCAAUCUUCGUCAACAAGUGAAGGCGGUGAAACGGCACAGGCACAAAAUGGCACGCAGUCUUUUUUGCAUCAGAUUGCGAACGAUCUCCUCACAGUUGGUGGACACCGGAAAGGAAGAUAUGUUCCUCUGGCUACGUUGGCGUUGCGACUUGGAGCUCAGACGCUGUUGGAGAUGUGCCCGGGCCUUCUUUUCCAGACCAUUCACGCCAUGUCCGAUGAUGGAGUUUGCUGCGCAGCAAGCUCGUUUUUAAAGUUGUUCCUGGAGCGGCUUCGCGACGAGUGCUGGAACAACGAAGGCGUUACGCAGGGAAGCAUACGAUUUCGGCAACUUUGGGUUCCUCCGAUGGUGGCUGGCGUCGUUGCUGGAAACCCAAGACUUCGGAUCAACUUACACACGUACGCACUUUCGGUGGGACUGGAGAUUGACAGCGAUAGCCUUUUACAGAUGCUGGGGUUCGUUUUAGAUGGCUUGGCUGUUCGUGAGGUGCCAUCAUGGGAGGACUUGCGGGGUGCUGCUGGAAUGCCAGAUUUUUUGACGCAGAACCAACGGGUGGCCUUGUUUGUGUCUCUUAUCAAGGUCGCUCGGGGAUUAGCUCUGAUGGAAAACGAAAUCAGGACGUCUGGAAGUGCGUCGGAGAUGACGUUUCUGGUGAAAGGUGUGGCCGUUUACGCACCAAUAUCUCUUCUAGAGCUCGCGCUUACUCAUCUCGAAGAAGGUUUACGGGUGGAUUCUGCGGAGCUUAUUUGCUUGAAUCCCAAGACAGCGGUGAUGCCUUCACCUUUCGAGCUGCAUCUUUUGAGGGUGGCAAUGCCUUUGAACAUGAGGUGCUCUUCGACAGCUUUCCGGAUGAAAUGGACGAGUUUGCUCAAGAAGUUUUUCAGCAGAGUUCGGGUGGCGACUGACAGGCAGAUGAAACUGGAAUCAUCAAAGGGUGGCUACAGAAAUGGAGAACAGGCUUCUGGAGCUAUUCAGAGGAAGCUCGACAGCUCAGUGGUGACGCUCGCAGAGAUGCAGGCGUUCAUGCAAUGGUUGACGCGGCUGCUGGUUUCAUCCUUAUACCCGUCAGCUCCUUACGAGCGGAAGUACAUGGCGAUGGAAAUACUCAACGUACUACUCGACGUUUGGCCCACGACGGAUCAGCUGCAGUCCAAGAAAAACUUCUCGCCGUAUGGAAAGGAGCUCUUCUCGGCAGACUACACGAUGGUUCUUCUCGGUGCUGUCGUGGAUAGCUGGGACCGUCUCAGAGAGAGCGCCUACAAGAUACUUUUACGCUAUCCGACUCCAUUACCGGGCUUAGAAGCACAAGAGAAGGUGGCGGAGGUGUUACAAUGGGGAAAAGUUCUUGCGAAUAGUCCUCGUGUCAGAGAAAGCGAUGCAGGAGCGCUUGUGUUGAGGCUCAUAUUUCGAAAGUACGUCUGCGAGCUCGGAUGGAGAGUUUCACUACAUCCAGAAGCUGAGGCUGUGCAGACGAAGCCUGUUUCUGGGGAUCAGAUUGUUCGCUACAUCGAGUCACUCAACGAUUGGCUCGAGGCUGGGGUUUUGGAAGGUGAAAGGAACCUCGUAACGGCUUGCAAGCACAGCUUUGUACACGGGGUUCUACUCACGCUCCGUUACACUUUCAGCGAGCUGGAUUGGAUUUCUGAUGGAGUGAGGACCAAUGUCGCCGGACUUCGCACGGCCUGUGAAAGGCUUUUUAAGCUCCUGUUGAAGGUUACGUCUCUAGCUCUCUGGGUUGUAUCAGUUGAUGCUCUCAACCUCAAGGAGAAAGAGUAUGAAGGCUUGGACGAAGACGUUGAGGAUCUACAUGUGUCUGAUUCUGAUGAUAUUGAAGGUGAUGAUGAUGGCAUUGGUGGAGAUGACGAUGCUAGCCUUUUGGCUCCACUGGAACAGAUGGUUAUGGUAGGCUGCUGGCUAUCCAUGAAAGAGGUCAGCUUGCUCCUAGGGACUGUUGCACGAGGGGCACCACUACCCGGUUGUAGCUACAACGCUAGGACUGGAAAUGGUGUUCUCCAGUCUUUAGAAGAAUCGAAGUUUAUUAUGUUGGAGUCUGCACAGCUUGAAGAAAUCGGUCAGCAUUUUUUGCAAGUGCUUCUUGCUAUGAAGCAUAAUGGCGCUAUUGACAAAACUCGAGUUGGCUUUGUCGCUCUGUGCAAUCGUUUACUGCUCUCAAGCGACACAAGGUUAAGCAAGAUGCCUGAGAUUUGGAUGCAGCAACUUAUGAAACGGACUGUUCUUAAGGACCAAUCGCUCGAUGAUCUGCUGAGAAGGAGCGCAGGAAUUCCGGCGUCGUUUCUCGCGUUGUUUCUUUCGGAACACGACGGUGCGCCGAGAAAGCUUCUUCCCAUGGGCUUAAGGUGGCUGAUUGACAACAUCAAACAAUUUCUCAACUCCUCGACCAGUAAAGAUGUGGUGCCUGUCGUGCACGCCUUCAACACUCUCAGAGUAACUUUCAACGACACGAACUUAUCAACUGAUACGUCUGGAUUUUGCGCUGAAGCUUUGAUAGUUGCCAUUAAAGCAUUUGCUUCUCCUUAUUGGCAAGUCCGGAACAGUGCCACACUCGCUUUCACUGCGCUACUACAUCGUAUCGUUGGAUUUCUAAACGUACACAAGCAGGCUACAGCACGUCGUGCUAUUACUGGUUUUGAGUUCUUUAACAGGUAUCCCGCUCUACAUCCGUUCCUUCUGGAGGAACUAGAAUGUGCUACCAUGAACUUACAACAGGGGGUGACGCAAAGCCGGCUUCAUCCGAGCCUUGCACCAAUUCUGGUGAUUCUUUCGCGUCUGAGGCCAUCGAUUGUCAACACAAGGACGGACGACUGGCUGAGCCCUUCAGCAUUCAUGCCGUCCGUCGUGCGGUGUGCAACUCAGUGCAAUUUAAAGCUCCGAGUUCUCGCAUCUCGUGCGUUAGCACCGCUUGUCACCGCGGAGAACCUUUUGAACGUUCUGCUGGAGCUCUGUAGCCAGUUAUCGAAGAAGCCAGUGCGUUACAACACCAUCCACGGCGUUUUACUGCAGCUAUCAUCGCUUCUUAAAUCCAACUGUACGGAGGUAUCCCAGCAGGAACAGCAGGGACAGAUCGUGGUGCAGGUUUUCAACAGGAUCAAAGAGUGCACACUACUUGGCACGAUAAACCGGACAUCUUGUUUUAUAGUGGUUGCGGCAUUUCUUGGAGUUUUACAAGAUCUUCUGGAACUGGCUUAUCAGUGCCAACAGGUGCCAUCAGUGCGGGAAAGCAUGCAACAACUCCAGCCGGUACUCUUGCACCUCAGCAGCGAAAGUGUCAGCCAUAGCGACAGUUCCGCAAAGCCGUGGGACUCGACGCUUGUGGAUUUGAAAGGACUAGCUGCGGAUAUCUACUUCAGCACAAUUCUGCGAGGUUGGCAAACUUCCAACGCUGAUAUCGCUUCGGGUCAGACGACGGUCUCGAAAACUUUUUAUACGACUUUACGAGAAGCGCUGGCUGACAAGAUGUACGAGGUUAGACUGGCAACACUGAAGGCGCUAAAGUCAUUCUCGACACAAGAUUUCGCUGUUGCUUUCACGCAGUUGGACGCGAGAAUACUGCAUGGCCUGUUAACAGAGCGUUUAUAUACGGAGCUUCAUCCCAGAUGCGUGAAGCGCUUAUUACAGGUUUUUCUGAGAUGGAACCUUCUCGCAGUUGACAACGAUCCUCAGCAGGACCCUUUCAAGAUAUGGAACACGUUACUCGGAAUUUACAACACCUCCAAGGUCUCCAAGACAAGGGAAUCUGCAGUACGUUGUCUCGGCAAUUGCAUGCAACACCUUCUCGUCUCAAUGAAGGCCGACAUGGUGGACAGGGACUUGGACGACUCCGACUGGGAAGUCUUUCGCGGGGUGCUCGAGACAUGGAACGAUCUGAUACGACGCCACAGUGCGGCCAGCGAGCCUGUAAACUUGAGGAGAGCGAUUUCUUCGGCAAUAAUCUCCUCGAGGUGCUUGGAGGAGUCUAAGUGGCUCAGGGAGAAUACCAGGAUGGUGGCAGUGUCUCCGAGGUUGAAGUGGUACAGGAAAAUAGUUCUGAGCGUCUGGUCUGUAACCAUCAACCUUUUGGAGGACGAAGACAUUGUUCUACGCCAGCAGCUUGCGUUGGCCCUCCAGGACGUCAUGGUACCCGUUUUCAAAGCUCCGCAUGCUAGCGUUCCAGCUCAAGUGGAGAGGGUGCUGGAAACGAGCCUCGCAUUCCUGAGGUUCCAGUUCCAGGAAUGCGAUUUCUUCUACGACUUUCUUGCUGGGUGGAUACUGGGCGACAACAGCUCUCGUUUUGGAGGCCUCCAGAACACAGACCUGGUCCGUAAGCUGUUCGACAAAGAGCUCGAUAACCACCACGAGGAGCAGCUACUGGUGGUCCAACUUUGCUGCUCGCACAUCGAAAGCUUCCUCGACUCGCCGGAACACUCGACCGAGUUUGUCACAAAAUGGCGAGGCAAAUUCCUGGACCAGGCAGUGGCUUGUGCAAAGUGGUGUUUGGAGCUCCAGCGAUCAACGCACUGGGUCGGAGGCAUAACAAACCACCAGGACGUGUUCAAGCACCUAUACAGGACCUUGCUCGGAUUAUUAGUGCUAUCAACACCAAAAACCACAGGAAACUCGUCUUUAAGCUCCCUGCAAGCUCUAAAAGGGAGUCUUUUGGAGCUGACAUCGCUAAGCGAGGUACCUCUAAGUCCCAUGAUUUCUAACUUGCUCUCCAGAUUACUCCAAGCGGUCGAGCACAGCACCGGCAUGAACUUGGUUGCCGAUUCUUUCCGAGCUUCCAUGCAUGACAGCUACUGCCCGGACUUUGAGCCGUUUUUCUUGCUCAAAUAGAAGUUUAAGCAACUGUCCAACUUUGUCAUCGUGAUCCAUGUGGGACUGCCAAAUUUUUUGACUACGAUACAGCUGUGGCAAUUUGCCGCUCGCCACGUUUUUGGGAUAUAUCCACUCGUCGUGUCGGCAUCAUAUUACUUCCGUCAAGUUUUAUCACACUCGUCGAAAAGUGUGAUAAACAGUCGCUUAAGAGCGUCUAAAGAUACGCUUAUCACGUUACAGUGACGCUAUAUCUAUCUUUUCGUGUCACAGGAGGAGCGAGCGAGCUUGGGACACUACUCGCAGAGUCGAUUGAUCGAAAAGCCACCAUGGUCUAUCACAGGAACUUGCUCCAAGUGCAGCCUUCGGAGGCUAUAUACCAAGAUCUGAGGGCCAUUGGCACCGCGUCCCGUGAUAUCGGGAUCCAGCUCGCCGCUACCGUUUCUGCGGGGCAUUUCGGAUUCCUGAGAUGGCUUGCAACCAUAGCUGCCAUAUUCCUCAUUGUUGUGGAUAGAACCCACUGGAAGACUGAUCUCCUGACCGGGCUGCUGGUGCCUUACAUCUGGCUCAACCUUCCUCCAAUCCUCUUCGGCUUCUUCAGGGGCGAGGUCGGCAAGUGGAUUUCCCUCAUCACUGUUAUUGUCCGUCUCUUCAUCCCCCGAAAGUUCCCAGGUACUUGAACCAGAAAAGCUUUCAAGUU